AUGCCUACUGCAAGCUGCACUUUGCUUGGCUGGCUCAGCGCAAUCCUAAAGGUCCUGACACUGAUUGGACCUGCCGUCUUCACUACUCUGCAAAUAUACUCGCUCUCAAGGGGGAACAGGAUUCUGGGUGGGGUGGUACUGAUGCUGAGCAUGGCACCCUUUUUAAUCAAUGGGAGCACCAUAUACCAGAGACCUCCCAUCAAUCUCCCUACACCGCUGAACUGCUCUCAGAAUAACAAUGCUAGCAAGAGCUUCAACAUCAAGGCAGGCUCGCCUGAUCUCCCGGAGCUCCUCCGAAUUAUUGGGGAGCCGAUCCGCUCGUUCGAUGAUGAAGACGAAGACCUGCAAUCGCUCGAGUUCGCGCCGCCGCAGGAGCAGGAGGAUCAGUCCGAGCCCGAAGGAGAGAUUGCGGAGAGUAGCAGAGAUGCAGGACGUCUGGCGUGA